GUUUGCAAAUGGAACUCGGCGGUAUAUCGCGCAUCUGGCUGUGGGUGGGCGGCGUUCCGCGUGCUACCGGCGUCGCGACGGCGAACGUAUCGACCUGACGCAUGCACUGCGUCAGUAGUGUGUCUUCGCCUCUUGCAAGUCCUAGCAGCGGGAUGCUGUGCUCUCAGCAGCAUGGAGCUGCCUCGAAUAGCUUCUCAAACUUCGAUCUGCCCUCCCAGCAUCCAACUGUUGACGGAAUACCCCAAACCUCGACCUCCCGUCAGCAAAAUGCUGCUCAAUUCUUCCAAACAGCCAGCUGAACCGCAGUUUGCUGUACUUCCUUGUGCACCAGCUUAUCAGCCUAGCCGCAAGCGCGAGGAAGCACGUGCUCUGCAAAAUCUGAGGAAAAGACUGCAAGCUGUACGAGUUCUCCAAGCUAAUAAACCGGAACCGAUUGAAGCGGCGUCCUGUGCCAAUAAUAAUCUUAGCCAAGAGGAUUUAGAUAAUAGAGCUUAUCUUCUCCAAAAGAUUUUGACCAAUAGACCAGUGAGUAUGGUUUUGGAUGUGUCUGACCUGACGACGGCCUGGAAAGAUAGCGAUUUCAUAACGGAUUGCCUUUGCUGGCAUAAUGUCUACAGACAAAGGCACGGAUCUCCAGCUUUAUCCAUGUCAUCGGAGCUGUGCUACCUUGCACAGACUUGGGCCAACCACCUCGCUCACACGAACCGCUUUUACUACCGCAACGACAAAGACAUCGGCCAAAAUUUAUUCUGUCGUCCUUCAAACGUCUUAGUCAACGACGUCACAGGCCAAGAAGUCGCAACUUAUUGGUAUCGUGCCGUCCGUCAGUACGAUUUCCGAAAAGAGCCGGACAUUCUGCAUGCAAAUGUCAAUGCAGGCCAUUUCACGCAGUUGGUUUGGGCAUCCUCGCGCUAUUUUGGCAUAGGCAAAGCCCGCUCGAGGUCUGGCAAGAUCGUCGUUGUUGCUCAUUACGCUCCUGCGGGAAAUAUUUCAGGAGCUUACUUAGAAAACGUGCUUCCUCCGUCAGCCGAAUAUUUCACGUUGCCUCCGAUGCCCCCGAAUCGAUAUCUGGUGUCUAGCGAAGGCUCCACCACUGACUCGGCCAGGAGCAUCUCGGAAAGCACUUGAUUUCAGAGCCACAUUUUUUCCGAGGCAAGUAAUGGGAAAAUAGAGCGCUCCGCAAUUGGAAUAGUGUGUCACUUAUUACUAUUCCAACACCAGUUGAGUUACUCUAAUUUCAGAUUACACAAUUUGAUCACGAGUGCCUAUUUUCGUAAUUGCAUUGCGUAAAGGGUAGUUGUAGCCAACGUACCGUGAAACUAAGCCACGAGGCAAAAAACGUAUUAAUUCGAAUACACACAAGUAGACUAUAAAAUGUUACUUCUGGACCAGGGUACGUGGCAUGCGGAAAAUCAAUUCAAAAUGGAACAUAAAUUUGUCAAAAAUAAAAAUACGAUCACUAUGUUUAAUUAAUUGAAACCAAACAUUUUACGAUAGUAGUGGAGUGCCUAAAAACACGGUAUUUUUUGGUUGCUUUUAAAGUAAUUAUGUUUCAUUUUGAAUUGUUUCCAAUGAUUUUACAUACCCUGGCCCUAUUAGACUACUAAAACUGGAAAUCCAUUAGUUUUUCAAGUCCAUAUCAGACAAAUAAAGAAAUCUGGCUCACAUAUUUAAGAAAUCAUAAAAAGGGUUAGUUUUCCGUAUUUUUGGCAAAAAAGUCUGGCUUUUAUUUUUAAAAAGGCCAUAACAAAGAGGGAAGUUUCUAUUAAAAAAAUGCCGUUUCAAUAGAUAAAAUGGGCUUAACAAUAGGUCAUUUUCUCUGUUUUUUGUGUUUUUGAACAGACCCCAAUGGGCUGUUUUUCAAACUUUAACGAAUAAAAGUUGAAAACCGACUCACUUUCCUAAAAAAAAUGAUGAUUUGGGAAAAUAUGAGUUAGAACGUAUGGUUAAAAUCAGGGUAAAAAGUCAAAUCAACGUUGUUUUUGAUGUUUUGGUAGAAAUACGGGUUUUUGUAAAAAAAAUGCAUAGGACAUCGGAAAAUGACUAAGAAAGCUACACAUAAUAAUCUGAGUUAGAACAUUACACAUAUUAAACUACUCACACAUCAACAAUUAUGGUUUUUGGUGACAAUCACAUUGUCAUGUGAAGAUAUUAACGUUUUUACAACAGCAAAUACGUAAUAAAGCUUUCAUAGCUUUAGACUGCUCUAUGCUUAUGAGUAAUUUUAAUCAAGACAACGUAUAGUGAAACUGUAUUAUUUUUAGUAAUUUUAGACAAGUUUAAUAAUAACUAUUUAACAGCUGAGCGAAGAAUUUUCACAAAUUUAUUCUUUUUGUGCUGUCGAGUUUAUUUUUUAUGAUCGGAUGUAAAGAAGCUUCUUUGUGUAACGUGCCGAUACCUGAUAGGUGCCAAAUAUACUAAAUAGAUUUGCUUAAGAAUAAUUACACAAAGAAACUUUUUUAUCCUUGCAUCAAUGACUAAAAAUACCUAAUCCAAAGCUCAAUAACGCUCCAUUGCUGUGCAAUCAACUACAAAUCAAAGAACAAUCCGAAGUAAUUAUCGAUUGAGAACAAUCAGAGCUAAUUAAAAACGUCCAAAUUGUUAGUUGCAUAAUAGUUGUGUAGAUUUUACACGAAACUUUCUGCACUAUUUGUAUCAAACUUUUGCACAGCGCUAUUUGCACCACUAUUACUACUAGAUCUAAGCUAAACCAUAAGGUUUUCCGAGUAUAUAAUUCACAUCUGUGCGUCUCCAAGCCUUGCAUUUUCCUUUUCUGAAAAGUUAGUGGCUGUAAUGUAGUGAGUACAUAUCAUUUCAUAACAACUCUUAUAUUUUUGGUCUUCCUUAAACAACGUAAAGAAUUUUUUUAAAUUGCCUUUUAUUUGUGAUGUCGGUGAUGGCACUAUAUUUUUUAAAAUAUUAGAUAUACGGCAAUCAGUGUUGCUCAUAAUCAAAAUAUAAUACCCCUCCCAAAGCAUGUGCCUAAUAAAAUAAUGCUUUGCUGAAUCAAUUACGGUUGUGAAAGUAGCUUUAGACGUUCGAAGUUCACAUAAUAUUGCAAUUAGCAACAGUAGCUUUCAACUAAUUAGAUUAAGUUUUGUUAUUUUAGGAGCGAUAAUUUUACUUAUACAUUAAUGCAGGGUGAGUCUUAACUUAGUACACAUUUGGCCUUUGCCAAUAAUACUUUUGAAUGUUAAAUAAACGUCUGAAAUAACUUCUUUAAAUUUAUACCUCCGUAAAAAAAGUUUCAUUUAUUUCAUUUAAUUAUAAUACAUAAAGUACAGUUUUUAAGUUAAGACUCAGCCUGUUUUGUUAUUAAAGAAGAAUAAUCGAACGCGUCCUUUUUUGGUUUUUGCAUAAAAUAAUAACCACGUAGCACAUACACUGUAUAAUGUAGGCUGUGAAUAAUGUAUAUUGUUGUUAUCCGUUACUAUUAAGCAUAUAGGGAUGUUACUGUACAAGUGAUAGUAAAUGUUAUAAUUUUUUAAGAUUAAAUAGGUGAUUGUGAAUUUCAUAUAGCCAUGUAUUGUGUAGUUGUGCGAGUCUUGGAAAUACAGACUUAUUAUCAGUUUCAAAAUGCAAUCAAACUCUGUUAUGCUACGUAAAUUAUUCUUUUUUAUAUUAACAAGCAUUGAAAUGGAUUAUUUUAAGGCAUGUAUUAAUUAAGACUUUUAUCAUUAUUAAUGCCAUUAAUUUUUCUGAAUUAUAGUUUUUGUGUGAAUCGGCCAAUAAUCAUUUUGGAACUGGUAUUGUGAUGACUUGUACAACACCUACUACUUGUAACACCAACAUGAUUACAGUGUUAUUGUUAUUGGCGUUGUUAAUGUAAAUGCUGUGUUUGUUGUUAAUAAAGAACCAGUUAAUAUAUUCAAAA